UCUUCUUCUCCAUUUGAUCAUCCACAUCCCGCUCACUAUAAUCUGAAUCCAAAAUUACGUUAGCAAAGACGAAGAUAUAGCUCGUAACCGCUAUAUCAGAUCGAAUCAGCUCAAGCAUGUUUCGAUUCAACAUCUAACAAUUCUUAAUCUCAAAUCUCAUAGAUUCUUCGCUUCCGAACGAAUCAAUGGAUAGGGACACCUUGCCAACAACAACAACAAAAUCUUCGUCUAAAUCGGAUAGGCGAUGGAGAUCCAAGACUAGUUUACCUACAUCCAGAUCUUCCGUUGUUAUGGCAUUCUUUUCCUGUGUCGCUUGGCUCUAUGUUGCCGGACGGUUAUGGCAAGAUGCGGAGAACAGAAUGAUACUUACUAAUCUUCUUAAGAAGAAUGCUGAUCAAAGACCGAAGGUUCUUACAGUUGAAGACAAGCUACUAGUCCUAGGAUGCAAGGAUUUAGAGAGAAGAAUAGUCCAAGCUGAGAUGGAAUUGACCAUAGCAAAGAGUCAAGGUUAUCUCAAGAAUCAGUUACAACAAAGUGGGUCUUCUAGUGGGAAAAAGCUUCUUGCUGUUAUUGGUGUUUAUACUGGAUUUGGGAGCAGGUUGAGGCGAAAUGUUUUUAGGAAUUCAUGGAUGCCUAAAGGCGAUGCUUUAAGAAAGCUUGAAGAAAGAGGAGUGGUUAUACGUUUUGUAAUUGGUCGGAGUCCUAACAGAGGUGAUAGCUUGGACCGCAACAUUGAUGCUGAAAAUCUCGAAAAGAAAGAUUUCUUGAUUCUUGAUGGUCAUGAAGAGGCGCAAGAGGAGUUGCCAAAGAAAGCAAAGUUCUUUUAUAGCACAGCAGUUCAAAGUUGGGAUGCAGAAUUUUAUGUAAAGAUUGAUGAUAACAUUGACCUUGAUCUUGAUGGGUUAAUAGAACUACUUCAAGGCCGCCGUGGACAACCUAGUUCUUAUAUUGGAUGCAUGGCUUCAGGAGAAGUAGUAACUGAAGAGGGAAAACCUUGGUAUGAACCUGAAUGGUGGAAGUUUGGCGAUGAUAAAUCGUACUUUCGGCAUGCAUCGUCUUCAGUUAUUAUUCUCUCGAAAAAUUUGGCCCAGUAUGUUAACAUUAACAGCCUGUCUUUGAAAACAUAUGCUCAUGAUGAUAUAUCGGUGGGGUCGUGGAUGAUGGGUCUUCAAGCUACAUACAUCGAUGACAGCCGCCUUUGUUGCGUUAACGCAAGACAAGACAAGGUUUGUUCCCUGGCUUGAACCACUACGAAUUGGCUCUGGCUUGGCUUCUUGAAAUGGGUAUCGACGGGUAUGUUAAAUCAAGAGCAAUUAUAUAUACAUCCAAUUCAUCGAUGAUCUAUUAGAUAUACUGUUUAGUUCACUUAUUUUCUUUGAGAUAAUAAACUCGAGUCUAAAAAGAGUUAUAUAUAUGUUUAGUUGUAAAAUUUACAUUAUUGACCAUUUUGUAGUAUAAUGAGAUAGAAAAGAUAUUGAGAUUGAGAUGAUGACUUAGUAGAGUCCCAGUUUUUAUUUCUUCUAAGUUUCAUGAUAAAAUUUACCAAAACACCCUUGAGUA